AUGUUAAAAUCGGGUGCAGCUGAAUGUCCAGAUAAUCUCUUGAAUGCGAUUUCACUAGAAGAGGUUAAUGGAAAAUGUAUUGCCGUCACUAGUCGUCCGUCGAAAGGAUCUGGAACCACCCAAUGUACAUAUGUGACUUCAAUUCCAAAUCAAUUCACAUUUUUGUCAAUUGACAGUAAAACUGAAAAUGAUCAUAUCCAACAGGGCCUUGCUAUGACCAAUUUCACAUUCGCAUACAUUGAUCUUGGCUUUUCGGGAUCAACUUGGUCAUGGAUGAAUGGAGAUACUUCUGCAUACACGAAUUGGGCCAAUCCCCCUGUCACUCAACCACCAACAAUCGGUCCAACUACAGUACCAUUUCUAUCAACGUUGCCUCCUUCACAGCAGAGAAGGUCGACGGCUGUGGUGAUUGGAAUUGAUGCAUCACUAUUUUCUACAAAUUCUCUAACAUUAGCGCAAGUUAAUUUUGCUCGUUCACUUUCCACCUACAUCGCUGAACGGGGUCCAUCUGAAUUCGCUAUUUUCGCCUAUGGAUGUACUCAAGCAACUUCUUAUAUUACACAAUAUCCCAACUUUGUAAACGCUUUCACAACGACAAAUGCAAUGAUUUCAAAUGUAGAUCAAAUGAUAAAUAUUGAUUGUGUGAGAAGCAGUCCUCUGGAUUUCCCAUCAAUGUUCCGUGAUCAGACUGUCUACUACAAUAGAUAUUCCACUUCAUACAGACCAUUCAAAUCAAAGUUUUUGUCAAUGGUCUACUUCAGUUCUUCCACUGAUUCUGAUAACAUCAAACUAGCAAGUGCUUUGUAUCCAAUGGCCAACUCUUCAAUUAUCACAAUUAAUGUCGGUGAUUCAUCGAUCGAUAUCUCUCGAUUAUCAAUUCCAGUCGGGAAAUAUGGACUUCGAGUUAAGACUGCAGAUGACAUUAUGGCUCUUGUACCAAAAGUGGAUUCCAUGAUUUUCGGAGCAACUGCUUUCAGUAGUGCUGCUGUCAAAAUGGAUAAUAUGAGAGAACCAAUAUGGAAUUUCGGGAUUCAAACGAAAAAAGAACCCUCGGUGUAUGCCACGGGCUACACCGACUGUGCGUACAUGAAUGCUACUGAUGGUUUAUGGUAUUCUGAUGGCAAUUGCGAUACGAAAAGGCAGGUUCUAUGUCAAUAUGUACUACCAGUUCCACCAGCACCGCCAACUGUCAACCCUACAAUAUCGUGGCAAGAUCCAUGCUAUAUCGAGACUACUAACUUCACCUACUUCCAGUCAUUAUCAAAUGCCAAAUGCUAUCGAAUGUCGGCUUCAAAGAAGCAGUUCGCAGAAGCUGAAGACGUCUGUUUAACAGAUCAUCCUUUGUUUUUGCAUACUCCAAAAUUGACAUCAAUUGAGACAAAAGCAGAAGAGGAUCAGGUGAGAACUAUGUUAAGCCCUCUCACCAGCGAAGGAAUGUUCUGGUUCGGACUGAAACGAGACCCCUCGAACUCUUCUAAUUGGAAUUUCAUCAACGGAGACAUCUACGAUUCUUCGUAUAGUAAUUGGAGAGAUGGAUACCCUCGGGACGCAGAUGGAUGUGACUGUGUGGCAUUGGUUAAUCGUUUAGAUUCGUGCCUGCAUUCCACCGUUGAUUCCGAUCGUCUCUCCGGAUAUGUAACUGGCUUCGUCGGAAACCAGGAACGCAACAGCUUCAGCGCACUCGUCAGGAUCACCGAAUCGGCGUUGGGCAAUCUGGGAUAG